AUGACGUCCCCCACCACCAGCAUCACCCAAAAGUUCCUCUCGCGGCCGGCCGACCUUGGUGUCGUCGCCGUGGGCUUCUCCGAUGGCCAGCCCAAAGCCGGCGUGGACGCAGGCCCAACGGCCCUCCUCGAAGCCGGCCUGCUCGACCAGGUCCGCGACGAGCUCGGCUACAAGGUCGACUUCGACAGCAAAGUGCACGACUACGCCGACGUCAAGCCCGCUGAGGCCGACGACCCCAGAUACCGCAACAUGAUCAAGCCUCGCACCGUCAGCGCCGUCACCCGCAAGAUCAGCAGCCAGGUCUACGAGCACGCAAAGGAGGGCAAGAUGGUCCUCACCCUCGGCGGCGACCACUCCAUCGCCAUCGGCACCGUCUCGGGCACGGCAAAGGCCAUACGCGAGCGUCUCGGGCGUGAGAUGGCCGUCAUCUGGGUCGAUGCGCACGCUGACCUCAACCGCCCGGAGGAGAGUGAUAGCGGCAACGUCCACGGCAUGCCUCUAUCCUUCCUGACGGGGCUGGCGAAGGAGGAGAAGGAGGACGUCUUCGGCUGGCUGAAGGAGGACAACCUGAUCUCUACCAGCAAGCUGGUCUAUAUCGGUUUGAGAGACGUCGACCGCGCCGAGAAGAAGACGCUGCGAGAGAACGGCAUCAAGGCCUUUAGCAUGCACGACGUCGACCGAUACGGAAUCGGCCGCGUCGUCGAGAUGGCGCUCGCUCACAUCGGCACCGACACGCCCAUCCAUCUCUCCUUCGACGUCGACGCCCUCGACCCCCAGUGGGCUCCCAGCACCGGUACGCCCGUCCGCGGCGGCCUCACCCUGCGCGAGGGCGACUACAUCGCCGAGUGUGUCCACGCAACCGGCAACCUGAUCGCCAUGGACCUGGUCGAGGUCAACCCCAGCCUUGCCUCCAUGGGCGCCAGCGAGACCGUCCGCGCCGGCUGCUCUCUCGUCCGCUGUGCCCUCGGUGACACCCUUUUGUAG